AAUGGCUAUGGAAGAAUUCAACACCUUUAUCAAAAGCCAAGUCGAUGACAUUGACUCAAUAGAAGCCUAUGUCAACAUCAAGCGGUUUGCCAAAGUCACCGAGAAAAAAGUCCUGAACUACCUUGAGGAUGAAGUCGGCAUACUGGAUAAAUAUGCUAUAUCCGAAAUUGCGUCUGAAUAUAAAAAAUCUGUGGACGUCAUCCAGGAUAUAGAUUUUAAGGAGAUCCAGCUUCUUCACAUCAUUGGACUCCAUUUCCAGCGACUCAAAGAAAAGCUCAAGGUUAUCGUCCAGGACUCAAACCAAAGUAAGUGGAAUCUUCUUCUGUCUACCAUUGUACUUAUCUUCUACGUGUCUGGGAGGUGUCCAAAUAAACAAGGUGCAGACAGCUGUGGAUUAAUGGUGCAAACCUACAUCAACUGUCAGACCUGCGCCGAGGAGAAGGUUGUCUGCGCCGGGGGCCCUCCAAAAAAUCAAGACUACUUGGAGAGAUGCAGCUGCCUGUGCACCUCCAACAGAUGUUUCGAUCUGAAAACUGGACGGUCCUGCUCUCCAUGUAAAGAUCACAAGUCUCACCUGGCAGAGACUGUAAACUGUGGAGAGAUAAAUAUAAAAAUCCCAGAAUAUGAAGAACUAAUUCUGGACUGUACUUUUGAAUGGUACGCAAGGCUGGAGGACACCUAUAACAACGUGUUCACCCUGCCUCGUGAACACAAUCCCAAAAUCACCCGGGAGCCCUAUCUAGUGAUCAAGGGCGUACAGAUGGGGGACUCCGGACGCUACACGUGUACCACCAUCCUGGACUCUGAGGUGCCAGUGAGUAAGAUCACCUAUAACGUGGCAGUUAUCAGCGAAUCGGAACAGGCGACAAAAAAAUACCAUCCUCGCCCUACACUUCCUGAUGUGCUUGACAUCACAGCGCCUGAGCCGCCACUUCUAGAGGAGCUACAGAACAACAAUGCUUCCCUCAUAGCAAUAUCUGUGGCCGGCUCCGUCACCAUCAUGCUGAUCGCUGGCAUAUGCAUCUGCAUGUUCUGGAGGAAAAUGAAAUCUAGAGAGCCUCUGGAAAAAGAGCCAGUGUGAAGGCGAACCGUCAAGCACCAUCCUGUACUGCCACCUGCCAGGAAAAAAAAAAA